GCCGGCACCAGCUGCGCCUUUUUCAAGGUCCCGAUGCUGCUUUGCACAGAAGCGGCGGCGGUGGCGACUUUGGAAAGCGCCUUGCCAGCUGGCGACAUGGGGAAGCUGCCUUCGCUCACGCCGCCGGAGCAGCAACAGCAGCGGCUCUUCCUCCUGCCCAGGCAACAGUCGCUGGCCUCCCCCUUGGUGCUCAACCCCUUCGUGCAAGAGAGGCGUCUGGACGCCAAGGAAAAAACCUGGGUGUUCUUAUUGGGCCUUAUCCUCCUCCCUCUACGCGUUGCGUUCAUCCUGCUCCUUCUGUUGCUGGUAUGGCCUUUUGUGCUUCUCGCGACAUCCUGCACCAAUGAAAAAGGCUCGGUGCCCCUCCAAGGAUGGAAAAGGAGGCUAUCCAACAUCGGCCUCCUCGUCUUUGGCCGAGCUUUGUUCUUUGCGAUGGGCUUCCAAGUCAAAGUCAAAGGAAAAGUCGCUAGUCCUCAAGAGGCACCCAUCUUAGUGGUCGCUCCGCACUCGAGCUUCUUUGACAGCAUUGUUUGUGCCGUGGCAGGCUUGCCUUCUGUGGUGUCCAAGGAAGAGAAUGUCUGGGUGCCCGUUUUUGGAAGGUUCAUUGAUGCCCUCCAGCCCGUGUUGGUCUCACGGAAUGACCCAGAUUCACGGAAGCAUACUAUCCAAGAAAUAACGAAACGGGCGACCUCCGGAGAACAAUGGCCUCAGGUAAUGAUUUUCCCAGAAGGGACGUGUACAAACCGAUCCUGUUUGAUCACAUUUAAACAAGGAGCUUUUAUUCCUGGGGUUCCUGUUCAGCCCGUGGUUAUUCGCUACCCUAACAAGUUGGAUACCGUGACAUGGACCUGGCAGGGAUACAGCUUCAAACAGGCAUUAGUACUGACUUUGUGCCAGGUCUUUACGAAAGUGGAAGUGGAGUUCCUCCCUGUUCAUGUCCCAUCUGAGGCAGAAAAGAAAGACCCGGCCCUUUUCGCCAGCAGAGUCCGUAACAAAAUGGCAAGUGUUUUGGAGGUGCCGGUCACAGAUCACACUUACGAAGAUUGUCGGCUCAUGAUUUCGGCAGGGCAGUUAACUCUCCCCAUGGAAGCCGGUUUGGUCGAAUUCACAAAAAUCAGCAAGAAGUUGAACCUCAAAUGGGACAGCAUCCGCGAUCAGCUGGAUCAAUUUGCAAGGAUUGCCAGCACGUCCAAAGGCGGUCGGAUCGGCAUCGAAGAGUUUGCUAACUAUUUGAAGCUGCCCGUCUCGGAUGUCUUGCAAGAGCUGUUUACUCUCUUUGACAGAAACGGCGAUGGGACCAUAGACUUCCGCGAAUAUGUGAUUGGCUUGUCGGUCCUGUGCAAUCCCGCCAACACGGAGCAGACGAUCCAGAUGGCAUUUCAGCUUUUCGACAUUGACGAAGAUGGCAGCAUAACAGAAGACGAAUUUGCCCUAAUUAUCCGUUCAUCGCUGGGGCUUCCUGACCUCGAUGUUUCAAACCUCUUCAAGGAGAUCGAUGCUGACAAAUCUAACAAACUCUCCUAUGAAGAGUUCAAGGAUUUCGCUGAGAAGCACCCUGAAUAUGCCAAGCUGUUUACAACGUAUCUCGAGCUGCAACGCUGCCAGCUGUUGACAGAGGCGGAAUUCACUUCCGGGGAAGUCACCCCUACCACCCCAAGCUGUCUAUCUUCUUCGGAAACGACGCCGGUGCCAAGGAACAAAGUCUGCCCUCUAGUGACCGAAAAUGAGCAUUCAAAUGUUUCAGAUAAAAAAGAAGACUGAAUCUAAAAAGCCUAAUAAUAUAUUCCUUAAUUUAAGCUGCGGAAGGAUUCCUUUUAUUAAAUCCAAAUCUUGGUGGGAUAUAUAUAUUUUUUAACCAGACCGAGUAAAGCAAAAAACUUGCUUUUGGAAUGUACGCGUUCAUGUGUUGUGUGUCGGGGACUAUUUUUUCAAUAAAUAAAUUUGGGGAAAUCUUUUGCUACUUC